AUGAAGAUCAUCGUCGUCGGCUCGACGGGUUUCGUCGCGACCGAGGUCAUCCGCCCUCUCUAUUCCCACCCGUCGCCCUCGGACGGCGGACAACAGCAGUGCCGCAGAAUGCAGGGCCAAGCGCCGAUACAAGCAAGCUUAAACCCGUCGUCUGCUCAUUGCUGUAACUCCGUCAGAGACAAAGACUAUGCCAUGGGAAGACGUGCAGAAGAUAUGCCUCGACUACACCAUCAAGGAAUCGAAACUAUUGCACAGCUACCCCACGGCUCUGCCAGCAAGCCCCUGCGCUUCAUUUACACCAGCGGUGCUAAAGCCCAGCGAGAUCAGAGCCAGAAGCCUUGGAUCCUAGGUGAUUACACGCUGAUGCGGGGGGAAACAGAGUCUCGCAUCCUCGACUUUGCCAAAAAUCCAAGCGGUGUAGUGGAAGUGUGUGUUGCGAAACCUGGAAUAAUUGAUGCGCCAGGACGAACGGGGCUGGUGAUGAGUGUCCUAGGGUCCGUCGGCCGUGCUAUCAUCGGUCUUCCCAUACUUGAUGUCAGCGAGAUAGCGGCAACACUGCUACAGCAGGCUGUAAACGGGAUCGAGAAGUAUACGCUGCUUAAUGAUGAUCUGGUGCCAUGGCUGCAUAUUGCCAACUGGCGCCAGAUGAUGGUCAACAUUGUAGAGACCAAGUUUGCGGGCAAAGACCUUGCAUGCUUCGAAGUCGUUGGGGCCAACGACAACGAGGAGGACGCAGAGGAGAUUGACGACGACAUCCGGGCCAUGACGAGGCAGCGGAACCACAGCACGCGGGUGAUGAACCGCAGCUACGUGAACCAGCUGAACCUGAACUUUGGGAACGUGUGGGACGGCCUCAUCCGUCGGAACGAGCGCGCAUCAUCCCUGUGGAGGGAGCUGUGGGAUCUCGACACGGUGCUCGGGGAUGCGGUCGCAGCAGUAAGGAAGAGGAAUCGUGAGGCGGCGGAGGCGGCAGAGUCUGACCGGCCACGGAUGCUUAAGAGGAUUGCCGUGGGCGUGUACCAGCCACGGAAGAGGUGGUCCGCUGCAGCCCAGCUGAAGGGCGCGAGGGGGGCUUGGAAGUCGGCCGCACAGGAGCGGGCGAUGACGGUCGUCAUGUCAUGGACAGAGCAGGUCGUCAUCAUCCUAGGCACCAGCGAGGGGAAGAGCCUGCUGUUCAUGCUGCCCUGCGAGCUUGGGAUAGACCACCUCGUGUGGGCCCUAGGCAAGGAGCGGGACGCAUCACUGGUGUUCGUCACAGUCGAGGCCGCAAGCACGUCUCAGUUCCGGGCGUAUGCGCACAGGCUGGCCGCGACACAGCAGCUCGGCCGCAUCGUGAUAGACGAGGUGCACCUCACAAUCACGGCGUCCGAGUACCUCGAUGAUGCGUCUGAGCUUCGGCAGUGUGAUGCAAGGGAUGAUGUGGCAUGCAAUGUCUGCAGCAGUAGCACUGCUCGAAUACGGGUAAUCUAA